CAGAGAAAUCAAUCAGUAGUCAAAGAAUUUAUUCUCCUGGGGUUUGGGGACAGCAGUGAUUUUCAGAUCCUUCUCUUCUUUGUAUUUCUGGUGAUCUACCUUGUCACCAUGGCUGGGAACCUGCUGAUCAUUGUCUUAGUUGCAGCUGAUUGGCAUCUUCACACCCCCAUGUAUUUCCUCCUGGGAAAUCUGUCUUGCUUAGAGACUUGCUACGUCUCCACCAUUUGGCCCCGGAUGCUCGACAGUUUCCUGACUAGGAACCGAUCCAUGUGGGUGAAUUCAUGUUUUGUGCAAUUAUAUUUCUUUGGGGGCUUGGCUACAGCAGAAUGUUAUCUCCUUGCAGCCAUGUCUUAUGAUCGUUACCUAGCAAUAUGCAAACCAUUGCAUUAUGCAACACUUAUGGAUGUCAGAUUCUGCUUGCAGUUAGCGAGUGGUUCUUGGAUCAUUGGGUUCAUGGUCAACUCAGUAACAACCUAUUUUAUGACUCACUUGGUAUUCUGUGGGCCUAACAUCAUUGACCAUUUCUUCUGUGAUUUUUCACCACUACUUCAACUGUCCUGCAGCAGCACCCUCAACACCCAGCUGCUGAUCUUUAUUCUGUCAGCUCUGUUUGGAUUGUUCCCUUUUCUUUUAACCCUCAUUUCCUACAGCUGCAUCAUAGAUACCAUUUUAAAAAUCCCAUCCUCUGUUGGGAGGAAGAAGGCAUUUUCUACCUGCUCAUCGCAUCUCACUGUGGUUACUCUCUUUUAUGGAACUAUAAUAAUUGUUUAUGUGGUACCCAAAAACAACAUGCUCAGAGAACUGAACAAGGUCUUCUCAGUCUUCUACACUCUCUUGACUCCCUUGGUAAACCCUUUUGUGUACAGUCUGAGAAAUAAAGACAUUAAACAAGCUUUGAAAAAAACUGUCCGACAUUGUGUUGGUUCAUCAUAA